AUGGCUGUUAUCAAAGACGCGCCGGCGAAGCCCGUCACGAUCUCCGACGUCUACGAGAUUGCUAAGGCACGGUUACCCAAGCCGGUGUGGGAUUACUACAUUACCGGCGCAGACGAUGAGCACACGCUCGAGCGCAACCAAGCUGUAUUCAGAGAGCUCCUUCUCCGGCCCCAAGUCCUCCGCAAUGUUUCCAAGAUCGAUACCUCAACCACCGUCCUCGGCAAACGCUACGAUAUCCCGAUCGCGAUCGCACCAAGCGCAUACCAGAAACUCGUAGGCGGCGAGGGUGAGCUUGACGUUGCUCGUGCCGCAUUCAAUGUCGGAACCAACCUCACCCUGUCCAGCAACGCAACCACAUCCCUCGAGGAUGUUGCCAAAGCCGUUCCCGAGCGCGGCCCCGAGUAUCCUAAGCCGUGGUUCCAGCUCUACUUCCUCGGCGCCCGUGACUUGACAGCUGGCCUGAUUAAGCGUGCUGAAGAGGCGGGCUACGAAGCGCUGGUUUUGACCGUGGACACGGUAGUGUUGGGGAACCGGAUUCAAGAGCGCAAGACGCCGCUUCAGCUCCCGCCUGGACUUUCCAUGGCGAACAUGGAAUCGAGAAGGGUCGGUGCUAUCUCCAAGGCCGGUAUGCUCCUCCGCGCAGAGACUGCGGCGGAAUACAACAAGAUCGUCGACGAGCACCGCGAAUCCCUCGUUGAUGCCAGCCUGGAGUGGAGCGAGGUCAUUCCUUGGCUGCGCUCUCAAACCAAGAUGAAGAUCAUCGUCAAGGGUAUCAUCACAGCGGAAGAUGCUCAGAGGGCUGUAGAGGCUGGUGUAGAUGCCGUCAUUGUGUCAAAUCACGGCGGUCGACAGCUCGAUGAUGUACCAGCAACGCUUGAGGCGUUGCCCGAGAUUGUGGAUAUCGUCCGGGGCAAGAUUCCCGUCAUUGUGGACGGCGGCAUCACUCGCGGCAGCGACGUGUUCAAGGCCCUGGCCCUUGGUGCAGACUUGUGCCUGAUCGGUAGAACGGCUCUCUGGGGCUUGGCGUGGGAUGGCCAGAAGGGUGUGGAGGGUGUUCUCCAUAUUCUUGAACGAGAGCUGCACAGAACCAUGGCCUUGAUGGGUACAGCAAGCUUGAAGGACAUCUCGAGAGGACUGCUCGGCCGUUCUAAGAGAGAUGGCUUUGGCAUUGCCAAGCUUUAG